CGGUGAAGUGAUAAAACAUGACAGCGAAUACAGCACUCCGAUUGGUCUGAGCGUAUAUGAAAAAAGACGAUCGGGAUUCUCAUUGUCUCCGUCCAUACUGUCUUGUGACUUGACUCGUACGAUGUGCUAGUUCAUGAUAUGAAGACGGUCGGGAAAUCAGUGACUUUUAUUGACAUUUUACCUGACUAGUUUUCCUACGAUGAGAUCAAAAUCUGUUGCGCGUCGAGUCACAGCACAAGAGGGAUCUGAGGAUGAAAUAGAAGCAUCAACCAAAAAUUUAGAACUUGACGAUCACCCCAUGGAAAGAGCAAUGGUGCCACCCCAUGUCGAUUCCGAUUUUCAACCGUUCACACUUUCUCAAGAAUACAGGAGAGAUUAUUAUUCCAAUACCGAAAAUAUGCUGCUGGAAACUAUCCCCAAGAUAUCUAUCAAAAACUGCGAUGCUCUCUUCGAUAAACCUUGCGAUGAAUCUGAAUGUUCAAGGACUGAUUUGUUUUAUCUGCGAGCUAGAGAAGUUAUUCUGGAAAGUGGAUCGCUGCCUAAUGAACUUGAGCUGAGGGAUAAUGGAGUUUUUGCGAAGAUGAAUAUUGCUAAGUGCACCAGAUAUGGUCCGUUUCAAGGAAAGUGGGCCAGUGUUCCUCAGGAUGCCAGGUUUGCGUGGGAGGUGGUUGCAGGUUCGAGUGUCCGAGGUUGGUUGGAUGGCUCUUUGGAACAACAAAAUUGGCUCAAACUUGUCCAAUGUUGUUCCAACAAGAUGGACGCUAAUUUGAAACAUAAUUUGCAAGGAGGACAGCUGUGGUAUGAAACUUUCCAAGACAUACCAGCUGGGACUGAACUGACAUUGGCUCCUAGAGAACCACUGAAUCUUCAAGAUAUGUUUGGCGACUCACCUUCAGCUGACGAACGAUCUGAUAGAGAAACAGCCUCCCAGCACAGUGGAACAGUUGAUGAACGUGAGGAAGACGAAGAAGACGGUGAAACAAGGUGUUACGUAUGCGAUCAAGUAUACACUGACAUUGAUAAAUUGGACGAACAUCUCAUAAGCAAACAUAACUACAGGAGGGACGAGUAUCAGUGUGAUUAUUGCCCUAGAGCUUAUUCAUACCGACCAUGUUUGAUAAAACAUCGGUCUAUCAAACAUGGUGAAACGAAGAAAUACCAUUGCGAAAACUGCCCUAAGGUUUUCACAGAUCCCAGUAACCUUCAAAGACAUAUCAGAACCCACCACGUUGGUGCAAGAUCUCACGCGUGCCCAGAAUGCGGAAAGACAUUCGCCACUUCUUCUGGAUUGAAACAGCAUACGCAUAUCCACUCUUCGGUCAAACCUUUUCAAUGUGAAGUCUGCUUCAAGGCCUAUACACAAUUUUCCAAUUUGUGUCGUCACAAACGUAUGCAUGCUGAUUGCCGAAUGCAGAUAAAAUGCGUCAAAUGUGGACAGUCUUUUUCAACAGUAACAUCACUUUCUAAACACAAGAGGUUUUGUGAUUCUACUACACCAUCGUCUUUGUCAUCACAAGGUCAACUACCACUCAGCCCGAUGGCUGGAACCAAUCCAUUUUCCCUGUACAGAUCUCCUGGUGUUCCUCUGCCAUUCCCAUUUCCCCAUCAGUUUCAUUCUUAUCAUCAACUUUUCCCAUCUAACCCAGUUAUCCCUUCACUAUUUUUCAAUCAACUACCAAAGAUUAACUCCGCAGAAGAACAUACGCCUUCGAAGAGGAUGAGAUUGGGCAGUGAGGGAUUAUCUCCGAAGUUAGAGAGACUCUCACCAAGAGAAAGAUUAUCACCUAAACAGGAGAGACUUACUCCUUCUAGAGAACAUACUUUCAUGUCCAAGAUGAGUCCUCCUAAAGCUGUAGAGGCGAACAUGACUGCCUCACCCGAAAGACCCAACAUAUUCAAACAUAAAGAACAAAUCAGAGUGGAGAUUCCAGUGGAUGAUGAUAUUCCGAAAGAUUUGUCAAAACAAUCUUCCAGUUCAUCAUCUUCAAGUAGCGACGAGGCUGAUCAACCACUUGAUCUGAGUGGCUGGAAAGAAUCCCGAGUGACUACCCAAAACAGAGACGAAAACAUUGAGAGACAAUCUUCGACACCAUCCGAAUCGAUCAAAGAAGAGAAGAUUGAGGUCGUUGCUAUAGAUGAACAAAAUAAAUCACCAGCAGAGAGAGUGUCUGCGCCACCUACUAUGGCAUAUCCUAGACCACUACAUCCAUUGAUGAUGACCGAUGCUAGAAACUUCUCUUACAAUUAUCCAUCAGCCCAAAAUAAUGAAAGGUUACUUCCUUUCGCAUUUUCUCAUCAUCGCUUUCCUCUAUUCAAUACAUUACCUCCCCAAAGACUCGAUAUGUUGAGACCUGGACUGCCUGGUCUGAAUAGCAUGAGGCCAUAUCAUGACGUAUUGCAACAUCAAAACCAAGCAAAAGUGAAGGAUAGGUAUGCUUGUAAGUUCUGUGGAAAAGUUUUUCCUAGAUCAGCUAAUUUAACCAGACAUCUUAGAACUCAUACAGGGGAGCAACCCUAUAAAUGCAGGUAUUGUGAGAGAUCCUUCAGCAUAUCGAGUAAUCUACAGAGGCAUGUUCGAAACAUUCAUAAUAAAGAGAAGCCGUUUAAGUGUCCACUUUGUGAGCGAUGUUUUGGACAACAAACUAAUCUGGAUAGGCAUCUGAAGAAGCACGAAUCUGAUGAUGGUAAUGGUGCAGUUGCGGUGGCUGACUCACCAGGAAGCAGUAACGAGAAUGAGAGAGAAGAUGCAUGUUUUGAUGAGAUCAGAUCUUUCAUGGGCAUUGUCACAUCUGGUACACCUGAAUAUUACAACACGAGGGUUUAUUCUCCACCUUCCACUAAUGACAUCGACGUCGUUGGAAAGGAUGAAGAAGAUUCAGAAUCUUAUUCAGAGAUCGUGGAUGAUUAUUUGUCACAAAAAUCCAAUUUCGAUCACAAAUUGAGAACCGACAAGGAAAAACGUCUAAACAAUAAUGAUCAGGCAAUAGAGGUAUCCACCUAGUGUGAUUUCAGAUAUUCUAAAGCUUUGGAAACACUAUAUAGUGACAUUGUUCAAUAAUGUGAUCGUCUGUUUAUGACUUCUUCUUGAAAUUAUAUUAAUGUAUAUAUUGCAUAUUAUCUGCUGACCUAAUAAUUGAUGAGGUAGAAUCGAAAAAUCGAAUUGUGAAGUUCCUACACAAAUUUUGUCAAUUUUGUGACGUAUUUAUUCGAGCACUCAGUAUCGGAAGUUCUAACUUGCACAUUUUAUUCUCUCCCCACCUCCACCGCAGUCUAUUGUUCGAACAUUUUCCCUCUUUUACACUGACAAUUUGACAAAGUUGAAAUCGUACUAUACACCUAUUCAAAAUCGCCUAGUGUACUUACAUAACAUUAUUUAUUGAAUAUAAACUUAUUAUAUGCCAUCAAUGUAAUCUUGAUAUUUAUAAAUUCAUAGACAUUUCAGAUCGAUAUUCUUUUUAUGAAAUAUUAGCUGUUAUUUCGAGAGAAUUAUUACAAUCAUGAUAUUCAUCUUGGAUAUUGG